AGCGAUGGAACGAGGAAGAGGAGGGACUCUGAAGAUUCUGUUCCUGUUGACACUCUGUCUGCUAACCUUCACUUGUCACUGUGAAGAUUCAGGGCAGCCCUCUGAUCUGAGGAUAGUUUUAGUAGGGAAGACUGGAGCAGGGAAGAGUGCAACAGGAAACACCAUCCUGGGGAGAAAGGUGUUUAGAGAUGCCUUCUCCCCUGAGUCUGUGACUGUUCAUUGUAAGAAACAGAGUGGAAUGGUGGAUGAGAGGAAGAUUGAUGUCAUCGACACCCCGGGGCUCUAUGACACAACACUGUCUGAAGAAGAGAUGAAAAGUGAAAUAGAAAAUGCCAUCUACAUGUCAGUUCCAGGACCCCACGCCUUCCUGCUGGUGAUCAGACUGGGGAGGUUCACAGAGGAGGAGAGGAACGCUAUGAAGUGGAUCCAGGAGAACUUUGGAGAAGAAGCCUCAAAGUACACCAUCAUUCUGUUCACUCAUGGAGACCAGCUGGAGGACAUAUCAUUGUUGGACUUUCUAAUGGAUAGUGAGGAGCUUAUGAAACUCGUCAAGGUCUUUAAGGGCAGAAACCAUGUCUUCAAUAAUAAAAAGAAGAAUGACAACACUCAGGUCACAGAGCUGCUAAAGAAGAUAGAUGAGAUGGUGAUGAAGAAUGGAGGAAAACACUACACCAACGAGAUGUACCAGGAGGUUCAGAGGAAGAUCGAAAAGGAGGAGGAGAGGAAGAAACAGGAGAAGAAGGAGAGAGAACAGGAGGAGAGGGAGAAACAGGANCUC